AUGGAGUUUAUCGGCGAGAGCCAAAAUCACGACGGCUCUGAAACUGACAAGAAGAAGAAGAAGAAGCGUUUCCAUCGUCACACACCUCACCAGAUCCAACGGCUCGAAUCAACUUUCAAUGAGUGUGCACAUCCAGAUGAGAAACAGAGGAAGCAACUUAGCAGAGAACUGGGUUUAGCUCCUAGACAGAUCAAGUUCUGGUUUCAGAACAGAAGAACACAAAAGAAGGCACAACACGAGAGAGCUGAUAACUGUGCACUCAAGGACGAGAAUGAUAAGAUUCGUUGCGAAAACCUUGCGAUUAGAGAAGCUAUCAAACGCGCCAUUUGCCCUAACUGUGGUGAUUCUCCUGUCAAUGAAGACUCUUACUUCGAUGAACAAAAGCUUCGCAUCGAAAACGCACAGCUUAGAGCAGAGCUGGAAAGGGUUUCAAGCAUUGCAGCUAAAUUCAUAGGGAGACCAACCUCUCAUCUCCCACCAUUACUAAACCCCAUGCAAGUUUCGCCGUUAGAGUUGUUCCACACCGGUCCUUCGCUUGAUUUUGAUCUUCUUCCAGGGAGCUGUUCUUCAAUGCCUGUUCCUGGUUUACCACCAACUCAACCAAACUUGGCUUUAUCAGACAUGGACAAGUCUCUUAUGACCAGCAUUGCUAUGAACGCCAUGGAAGAGUUCCUUAGGCUUCUUCAAACAAACGAGCCUCUAUGGAUCAAAACUGGUGACGGAUGCAGAGACGUUCUCAAUCUCGAAAGCUAUGAGAAAACCUUCCCAAGAUCAAGUAGUCGCGGAGGGAAACACCAUAACCUUCGGACAGAAGCAUCAAGAUCUUCUGGUGUUGUUUUCACUAAUGCUAGUACACUUGUGAACAUGCUCAUGGACUCUGUCAAAUCAGCAGAGCUUUUUCCCUCUAUGGUUGCAGCCUCUAAAACCCUUGCAGUGGUUUCAAAUGAAUUGCAUUUGAUGCUUGAAGAGCUUCAAGUGCUUACGCCAUUGGUAGCGACGCGUGAGUUCUGUGUGCUAAAGUAUUGUCAGCAAAUCGAGAAUGGAACUUGGGCAAUUGUAAAUGUCUCUUAUGAGUUACCUCAGUUUGUAUCUCAUUCUCGUUCAUACAAACUUCCUUCUGGUAGCUUGAUUCAAGACAUGUCCAAUGGUUACUCCAAGGUUACGUGGAUGGAACAUGUUGAAGUCGAGGAGCAAGAACAUGUUCAUGUUCAUGAGAUGUUUCAAGACAGUGUUCGUAAAGGGUUAGCUUUUGGAGCUGAACGUUGGAUUGCUACUCUCCAAAGAAUGUGCGAGAGAUUCGCGAGUCUAUUGGAACCAGCAACAUCAACCUGUGAUCUUGGAGGAGUGGUUCCAUCGCCGGAAGGGAAGAGAAGCAUGAUGAGACUUGCUCAGAGAAUGGUGAGCAACUUUUGCUUGAGUGUUGGCACGUCUAACAAUAACCGAUCAACGGUUGUUUCGGGAAUGGACGGGUUUGGAAUCCGUGUGACUUCGUACAAGAGCCAGCAUGAACCAAAUGGGAUGGUUCUAUGUGCAGCCACUAGUUUCUGGCUCCCAAUCUCUCCACUAAACGUCUUCAAUUUCCUCAAAGAUGAGAGAACUAGGCCUCAGUGGGACGUUCUUUUAGAUGGAAAUUCUGUUCAAGAAGUUUCAAGAAUGGCAAACGGAUCACAUCCUGGAAACUGUGUUUCUGUUCUUCGUGGCUUCAAUGCAUCAACGUCACAAAAUAACAUGCUGAUUCUACAAGAAAGCUGCAUAGACUCAUCAGGGUCUCUCGUGGUCUACACACCAGUGGAUCUACAAGGACUGAACAUAGCAAUGAGCGGCCAAGACACAUCUUAUACCCCCAUCUUACCCUCGGGAUUCGCCAUUUCACCAGAUGGAACCGGCAGUAACCAAACCGGAGAGCACAAAGGAGGAGAAGGAGGUGGUUCAUUGAUAACGGUUGGGUUUCAGAUAAUGGUGAGUAGUUUGCAGUCAGCAAAAUUGAAUAUGGAGUCAAUGGAAACAGUUAAUAAUCUCAUCAGUACCACUGUCCACCAAAUUAAAACCACCUUGAAUUGUCCUUCAACUGCUUGA